AUGAUCAAGAAGAAUGUUAUGAUUAUGAUCACUAUCAACAGCUUUACCUUCAUCAUGCAAAUCUUCUACAUCUCCAUCCACAUGUUCUACGCUCCUAAGAAGGAAAAGACUCUGACGGUGAAAUUCGUCCUAUUUGUGGAUGUUCUUGCGUUCGGCCUUAUUUUCUUCCUAACAUACUUUCUGCUUCAUGGAGAGAAACGUGUUCAAGUCCUUGGAUACAUUUGUAUGGUUUUCUCUCUAUGUGUUUUUGUUGCACCCCUUGGCAUCAUUAGGAAAGUGAUUAAAACGAAGAGUGCAGAGUUCAUGCCGUUCGGUCUUUCCUUCUUCCUCACCUUAUCGGCUGUCAUGUGGUUCUUCUACGGUCUUCUCCUUAAAGACAUGAACAUAGCCCUUCCAAAUGUUUUGGGUUUUAUCUUUGGAGUGCUUCAGAUGAUACUUUACUUGAUAUACAAGAAACCUGGGACGAAGGUUUUGGAGCCGCCAGGGAUUAACCUCCAGGAAAUAUCUGAGCAUGUUGUCGACGUCGUGAGGCUUAGUUCGAUGGUUUGCUCCUCACAGAUGAGAACUUUGGUGCCACAGGACAGUGCAGACAUGGAAGACACCAUUACCAUUGAUGAGAAGAUCAAAGGAGACAUUGAGAAAAUGAAGGAGAACAAAGAAAUGUUUCUUAUAUCCAAGAAUUAAUCAGCUCUCAACUAUCAAGUUUCGAGUUGUGUGUGUUUAGUUGCUUGCGUUUUAAGUUAAAGUGUAAUGUUUAAUCUGCAUAUCUCGCUCUUGU